AUGUGCCAGCUGCACACCACGAGCUCACGGCUCUGCCCUGGGGCACUGCUCGUGGUCCUGCUGGUGGCGUGCACGUACGCCGCCAAGCCUGGUCCCGUCUUCCUUUUCUCCAUAGAUGGCAUGCGCACGGACUAUCUGCAGCAGGCGCGGGCACUGGGCCUGCCCACCCUCACCCGGCUCAUCGAGGGCGGCACCCUGGCCUCGGCCUCCCAGACCGUGUGGCCCGCCGUGACCUUUCCCUCCCACACCAGUAUGGUGACGGGCGUGAAUCCGGCCAAGCAUGGCAUCUGGAACAACAACGUGUUCGGUCCGCUUGACGCCAACCGAAACAACCACUACUUCUACCAGGACAUCACUGCCAAGACCAUCUUCGACGCCGCGCAGGAACUCGGCCUCACAGCGAUGGGCAUCGACUGGCCAGUGACCGUGGGCGCGCCUCUCGACCCACUGUUCCCCGGCAACGACGACGAUCCGUCCACGCUCGACGAGGCCAAGUGGCUCUGGAACACCAUUAAGGGACCCAUCAAGAAGGUGCUGCCCAACCCGCAGGCGCUGUUCGGUCUCCUGAUGGACCCGCAGCGAGCCGCUAUCGCCAUGGAGUUCCUCGACUACAAGACGCCCGACCUCUUCGCUUUCCACUUCAACGACCUCGAUGGGGCGGAACACGCUCACGGAUACAUGAGCAACGAGGCCAUCAAGACGCUGAAGAUGAUCGACAGCCUGCUGGGCCAGAUGCUCGCCAAGCUCGACCGCAUGGGCCUGCUCGCCAACGGCACCGUCAUCGUUGCGUCGGACCACGGCUUCCUCAAUACCACCGGCACCGAGAUCUCACCAGGAGCCCUGUUGAACGCGCUCGGCGUGAUCGGUCCCGGCCCCAACGGCUAUCCGCCGUGGCAGGCGUGGCCGGACUGCUCGUCCGGCGUUUGUCCCAUUUUCAUCCACCCCAACGCCUCCUCCAGCGUGAGGGAUACAGUGGAUCAGGCUGUCAAGAUUCUUCUGUCUGAGCCAGCUUAUGGCAUCAUCAAAGCCUAUUCUGCGGCCGAAGUGGCGGCUCUCGGCUGUUGGCCCGGCGCUCAUGUCAUGCUGCAGGUUCGGCUCCCCACGCUUCGCUACUCCUGA